CCGAAGCCGGGACACCGGCUGCCGUCCGUCGGGUGCGGAGGAGGGGGGGGAGCGGAGAGCAGCCGGGAUGCUGGGAGCGCUACGGGCCGCCCUGGCGCUGGGGCUGCUGGCGGCCGCGCAACCCGGACCGGCCGCUCGCCAGCGACGGGAGGCGGAGCUGUUCCUGGAGAAAUACGGCUACUUCGGCGAGCCGGGGCCCGGCACACACAGCCCCGCAGAGUUCACGGAGGCAGUGAGGGACUUCCAGCGGGUGACCCACCUCCCGCUCAGCGGGGUCCUGGAUGCCCCCACGCUCCAUCAGAUGGCUCUGCCGCGGUGCGGCACGGGCGAUGGGGAAAGCCGCGCAGCCUGGGCACGCCGGGCAUCUGCCGCCCGGCGCCGCAGGCGUACCACGCAGCACGGCGGGAGGUGGUACAAGCGGCACCUGACCUACCGGGUGGUGAACUGGCCCUCCUACCUGCCACAGCACGAGGUGCGCCUGGCCGUGAAAGCCGCCUUCGAGCUCUGGAGCAACGUGUCCUCGCUGGUGUUUUGGGAGGCACGGGAUGGCCCGGCUGACAUCCGCCUGACCUUCUUCCAUGGAGACCACAACGAUGGACUCAACAAUGCCUUCGAUGGACCAGGAGGUGCCCUGGCUCACGCCUUCUUCCCCCGGCGCGGAGAAGCCCACUUCGACAGCGCUGAGCGCUGGUCCCUGCACAGCGGCAAAGGGCGCAACCUCUUCAUCGUGGUGGCACACGAGGUCGGCCACACGCUGGGGCUGGAGCACUCCCCCGUCAAGAGCGCCCUGAUGUCUCCCUACUACAAGAAGCUCAGCAAGGAUUUUGUCCUCAGCUGGGAUGACAUCUUGGCUGUCCAGAACUUGUACGGGAAGCCCUCCAAAGGCUUGGCCGUCCAGCUCCCGGGAAAGGUCUUCACUCACUUCCAGGACUGGAACACGGACCUUUACGACGGGGACCGGCAGCAAAGGAGCCUCAGCGCCUAUUACUGCCACUCCUUCUUCGACGCCAUAACUGCUGAUGGGGAUCACAACCUCUACAUCUUCAAGGGCAGCCACUACUGGGUGGUGCCGACGAGCGGCAACGCCAGCGACCCACGGCCCCUGCAGACGCGCUGGCCCGGCCUCCCCGCUGGCAUCGACGCCUGCGCCUGGUCCCAGCUCAGUGGCAAGUUUUACUUCUUCAAAGGUGGCCGAUGCUGGUGCUACACGGGCUCCACCUUGGCGGCAGGUUUCCCCCAGAAAUGCAGCGCCCGCGGCCUCCCACGGCACCCCGACACCGCGCUCUACUUCCAGCAGCUCCGGCGCCUGGUCCUCUUCAAAGGACCCAAGUACUUCGUGGUGAGCGAGGAGACCCUCGGCGUGGAGCCCUACUACCCCCGCAGCCUGCGGGACUGGGAGGGCUUGCCCCCUGGCACGGCGGGUGCCCUCACCCACCGCGACGGCUUCAUCUACUUCUUUCGGGAUGACCAGUACUGGCAAUUCGACCGGGCGAAGCUGCAAGUGGUGGCCACCGGCAAAUGGGCCACCCAGCUACCCUGGAUGGACUGCUGGGAUGCAAACGGUGGGCAGGUCCUCUUCUGAGCGGAGCGUACUGGGAUGAAAUGGGGGGCUGAACCCCAACUCGCUCACCGCUGCCUGGAUCCCUCUUUAUUUGACUCUGGAUCCCGGUCUGAGGACGGUUCGGCCGGGACUGGCAGGCCGAGGCUGCCUGCGGAUGGCUGGAGCCACGGGCCGGUGGAGCGAUGCCCUGGUGCAGUAGGGAUGCAGCCGUCAGCCCCGGCCAGGUGGGCUGGAGGCUUUGGGAGACAAUAUUUUUUAAAAAAGACCACAAAAAGACGUCUAAGCCAUGGAGACUGCAAACACACCCGUUUCUGUUAACGUUCAGGAUAUCGUUAUGCAUUUUUUUUUUCAAACCGGGACUGGGGUUUGUUGAUACUUCAGCUGUCGUUUUCCUGCGAUCAGGCAGAGGAGUGCCUCACCGUUGCUUGGUUUGGGGCUUGGGUGGUUUUAAAUAAGAGACUGAGAAUGUUUCCUGGUUAAAACAAAAAGAAAAGAGACAUUUGGACAAAAAUACGGUUCCGUGUUGAACUUUGCCCCCGCUGUGUGCACAAAGCCCCCCCUCCUGCCUUCUCCCCUCUCUUGCCCCAGGGAUGGAGGGUCGGCAGCUGGAGGAGGUGACCCAUCCCCUGUGGGUGCUUCGGCACCAGCCGGAGACACCAACACCGUGGGAUUUUUUGGGGAGAAAGCAGAGGGUUUUGGUGUAGGGAGCCUCUUUGGAGUGAAGGAAGAGGGGGAGGUAGAGCUGAGCUGCUGACCGUGUCGCCGUGCAGCUCGCAGGAGCAUUGCAGCUUGGCUUUCUGAUGGGGUUGGGAUGGCUGGUUGGGUUCUCCAGUGUCUAAUAAGGGUUGUGUUCACCUGGCAGCCUUUCUUGUGUGCAGAGAAAGUGUCUGUCCUCUGCUCCAUCUCUCUGCAAGAGACGGGAUCAACAUAUUUUUGAGUCCUGUGCCCCUCUGCCGCAGUUGGAUGAACUGGAUUGAAAAAUUACUGGGGGAGGAGAGGAAGAGGAGAGGGUGAGCAGGACAGACAGACAUGUCCAUGCAUGCAGGCUCACAAGGACAGCUCGGCUGCAUAUUCCUCAUUCCUUUCCCAAAGCAGGGCUCCCCACCUGGAAACGCCGCUGGCUCCUGUGCCCCGAGUCACCGGUCACGUCUACAAAGGGCCAUCGUCUCCCACAGCCGGUGGGGGAGCGUCGGGUCCCUGAGGCUUGAAUGCAGUGGCAGAAAAUGCCAGCCGUGGGUGCUGACCAGGACAGGGCUCAGCUUUCUUCAAAUAUCCUUUGAGUUGAGAGAUUUGGGGAUUUUCAUCAUGCUGGGGUUCUACACGAGUGGGCUGCUGCUUCGCUGAUGGUUCUGCCAGGACUCGGAUCCCGGCGCUGGGUGCCUUUCUUCGCGUUGGUGGUUUCGGCACCGGGCUGCGGCCGGUCCUGCCGUGCCGGGAUGCCGUGUCGGGGUGCCGUGUCGGGAUCCCCUCCCGAUGCCAGCAGCUUUUCUUCAGCGUAGCGUCCUCUGUUCACCCUCGCCCAUCCUAGACCUUCCCUACAGAGAAGGCAGGAGCGGGGCUGGCCCCAGGCAGGGUGCCAGGGCUGGUACUUCCCGAGGGCUUUUGGUGCUGCCAGAUACCAGCUGAGACGUGGAUUUGGCAGGACGGAGAGCUAACACAAGCCGUUCUGUCCGUUCUCUGUGAUAUUUGUGAGUGAGCCCUUCCUGUGCAGACACGGACACUGGGACUUCAUCUGCUCAGGGCUUAAAAUCUCAGGGGACUUUCAGUGUUGCCAAAGAGAUGGGGCUGCAUCAUUCUUAUUUUGAAUUGAAUGAUAAUAAGGCAACAUCGCUUGCAGGGAGUCCCAAGGGCUUGGAGACCUGAUGGCAAAUAAAACGAACCUCUGG